AUGCGGCGCCAUGCUUUCGACGACUGGCUGGUUUCGGCACCGCUGCUUCGGCCCGUCCCGCGGGCCGUGCGCGCGGCCGCGUUUCUGGACGCGGACCCGAUACUUGAGGCAUCAGCCAGCCGCAGCCUGGGGCUGGGCAUCUGCGACGGUCCGCAGGGUGACGAGCGAGUGCACGUCACAGUCAGCGCGGACAACAAGCGAUCGCUGAUUCUCGACGGCAAGGACACGGACGGCUUUGUGCAAUCAGAGGUGAGGUGCAAGGGCCAGGCGCCCGAACUGCUGGUGGGCCGCUGCGAUGACCCAAAAAUCCGGAAGGCCUGGAAGUGCCACGGCCUGGACCCGGACUUCGCGAAAGAGGCCUUCCCCUACGUGGCGAAGGUCUUGGAGAAGAUCCGGGCCCGGUGCAAAUUGCCUUCGGCGAAGCCGGAGGUGCUGAUGCUGGGCUUGGGCGGCGGCACCAUGCAGAGCUUCCUCUCCGCCCAGUGCCCCGGCUCCCACGUCACCACGGUGGAGGCCUCCAGCGCCGUGGUGGAGGCGGCGCGGCGCUUCUUCGGGUUCGACGGCCAGGUGAAGGUGGAGGAGGCGCGGCAGGCGAUCAAGGCGCUGGCGGCCCAAAAGCGGCGCUUCGACGUGAUCGUCAUCGACAUCACCGACACCGUGCUGCGGGGUGAGGACGUGAAGAACCUGCGUGCGUUGUUGAAGAGUGGGGGUGAGGUUUUGCACAACCACACGAACACCCAGAAGAUGCUGGAGCAGCUGGACAGCUUUCAAAAGCUGUUCCAUGUCGACAAAGAGACCUUUCCUGGAGGCAACGCAAGUGCCGUGUCAGCCCUACAUGCUGGGCAAACUCAUUACGAGGCGGCCGGGGGCUCCCCGACCCUGCGGAAGGCGGUGGCAGAAAGCCUGGAGCGCACCAGGCCUGGAUUGCGCGCCGAUCCGGACAAGGUGAUUUGCAUGCCCGGCGGAAAGCCUGUGAUUUUCCACACCAUCGCCGCGCUGUGUGAGGAUGGGUGA